CGGCUCGGAAACUAAAAUUGAAAAUCAAAAUCAAAGUGCUCUCUCUGCAGUCGAGUAUCUGCAACAUCAUCGCCAUCCCAGUGUCCAGUGUCUAACAGCCACAGCCACAUCCACAUCCCAAUCCAAUCCCAGCGGACAACGUCCAGCCGCCAAGCCAUCAAUCAGUCAUCCAUCGACUAGCCCACUCGACUUCUGAUUCUGCUUCUGCUGCUGGCUUGAGGAUAUCUUCGGUCGGCGCUUUAGUUUCAGUUCGCAUUUGGACGCGUGCUGUGCGGCCUCGCCGAUAGAGAGAGUCGGAUCGGAUCGGAACGCAAUUCAAUUCUGAAUUCAAAACUCACACUUUACACUUGACAAUUCUCAAUACUCAACACUCAAUUCUGAAUCAGAAUCGUGCGCUAAUUAAUCUAAUAACGUAUCAAGAACCAAAACACUGGCCCACACACGUGUCUGAAGUUCAGUGACAAGCCCCAAAUCAGGCGACCAUUCUAUAUAUUCCAUUGAAUAUAUAUAAAUCGUGAAAUCGUAAAACACUUUUAAUCAGCUAGAAACCAAGCGCAGGCACGGCAUAAUUAAUUCGUCUGACCCGCAAAGUUCGCCCAAAGCAAAUACGGUUGUGCAAAGUGUGCUCCAUCCAUAAAGUGCGAAGUACUCCAGCCAAUCGGAAAUCUAAAAUAACUAGUAACAACAUGAAGCUGUCUGCAGUAUUCUUGGCAUUGGCGCUGCUUGCCCUCUCGCUGGUCCAGUGCCUCGGCCUGCCCGAUCCCAGCACCAAGUGCGUCAUGGAGUGCGACACGCAGGAGUACGGAUGGGUGUGUGCCGCGGACGACAAGGGCUCCACCAAGUCAUAUCGCAAUCUGUGCGUGAUGAAGACGGAGAAUUGCCUGCAGAAUGCAAACUAUCAAAAGAUCAGCGACAAGGAGUGUCCGUAGAGCUAUGGAUCCAUCGAUCUGUAGUCCAGCGGAAAUAACUUAAUCAUGAAGGAGAACGAGUGGACGCGGCUUGGCAUUCCGGAGGACUCUUCUUUCUCGCGUGGUAUUUGUGUGUGAUAUUUUUAAGUUGUACUUCAGCGGAAUACAGAACACGCCCCCGAACGUAAUGCAUAAUGAUAAUGUAUUCUAAAAUUAUAAAUAAUAAAUAUUAAAUAAAGUAAUCGUAACACGCAAA